CGCCCGCAUUUUUUCCUCCCCUGUACCACUGAGUGGGCACAUUUCCGUGAGUGUCGUCUUGAGGUCCAUGUAGUCAUACCUGCGUAUCUCUGUUUAGCAGAAUGGCGUUUUACACUGUGAGGUGGGGUCUUCUUUUAGCCUUGAAGUAAUACCAUAGAUGUCGGACAAUAGUACAUUUGAACCGCGAAAGGCUUCACGUGCAUAUUGAGAUAGUUAGCUUGUUACGCUACGUGGCUAACGUUUGGCCGCUUAUGUGAAGAAUGAAGACCGCUAACGGCAACACGAGUGUCAUGGACAUGUUUGAAAAGGGACAAGUACUGAAAAUUUGUGCCCCAAUGGUUCGAUACUCAAAGCUUGCUUUCAGGUCCUUGGUUAGGAAGUACAACUGCGAUAUCUGCUUCACUCCAAUGAUCGUUGCAGCCGACUUCUUGCGCUCAAUCAAAGCCAGAGACAGUGAAUUCACUACUAAUGAACGUGACCGCCCACUGAUAGUGCAGUUUGCUGCCCAUGAUGCUCAGAGUCUGGCUGAUGCAGCCUGUGCAGUGGCACCUUUCUCAGAUGGAGUUGACCUCAACUGCGGCUGCCCCCAGAGGUGGGCUAUGUCAGCUGGGUAUGGUGCAUGCCUCAUUAACAAGCCAGAACUUGUUAAAGACAUGGUGAGACACGUCAGAAAUCAAGUGGACAAUCCAAACUACACAGCAUCAAUUAAAAUAAGAAUUCACAAGGACCUAAGGCAGACAGUGGAUCUAUGUCAAAAGGCUGAAUCAGCCGGUGUGUCAUGGAUAACAGUCCAUGGUCGUACAACAGAAGAACGCCACCAACCAGUCCAUUACGAUGCUAUAAAGACAAUUAAAGACAGUGUUUCUGUCCCUGUCAUUGCCAACGGCGACAUAAAGUAUCUCCGGGAUGUGGAGUCGACCCACGAGCUCACAGGUGUUGAUGGUAUGUUCAAGCCAUCAGCAAAGAUGACGUUGCAGUGGACAGCUGUCGCUCUCUUUCUCUAUGUGGAAAUUGGCGUCAUUGUCAUCCUCUGUUUACCCUUUAUCUCUGCCAGGAGAUGGCAGAGCAUUUUCCAUCUGAGGAUCUGGAGUUGGAUGUCAAAAUUCUGGAAUAAAGUGUUUCUCACCAUGAUCAUAAUACUCAUUGUUCUCUUCCUCGAUGCUGUCCGUGAAGUGAGAAAGUAUUCAUCUAAAGAGCACGGCGCCGAUGCCAAGCUGCAACCAAAUAUGUUCGACCACUUGCACAUGAAGCUUUUUAGAGCCCAGAGGAAUCUGUACAUCUCUGGUUUUGCCGUCUUCCUGUGGCUCGUUAUGAAGCGGCUGAUCACUCUGAUUAAUCAGCUGGCGUCAGCGUCUGGGACUACGGCUGCUCUUCAAGCACAGGCUGAGAAUGCUAACCAGACUGCUGAGAAAUACAUGAAGGACAAUGAACUGUUGAAACAGACUCUGAUGGAAGGGCGGGGUGAUAGGGCUACUGCUGAGGGCAUGGACCUGCUAAGGAAGGAAGUGGAGAAACUGAAAGAAGAACUGAAGACAUCUGGAGAUGGUCUGAAGAAGUCCCAGUCAGAGGCAGAUGUAAUGAAGAAACAGAUGGAGGGCCUCGCCAGGGAGUAUGACAGGCUGUUGAAAGAACACCAGGAGCUCCAGAAUCUGCGAGACAGUGGAAAUAAAAAGGAAGAUUAGAUGAAAAGUUAAAGGUUAAAGUGUUUACUUAGCUCAGUCACAGACAAUUACACCACAUGCUUGACCAUCUGUAACACCGUGUGUCAUACUAUUUAAUUACAAAUUAAAGACUGGCUCAUCUGAGGAACAUGCUUUCGGCUGGUAGCAGCAAUGGUUUCAAAAGUCUUAAACCUUUAUUAGAGCACGAGACUGGCUUAAAUGGAAUGAGUAAUAUCUGUUUCUGCCUGGUGCAGCCUGACUAAGAGGAUUUUCUUUUUCAAGGGUGUGCUAUCGGGCAGAUUAAUUGUGCAAAGCAAUUGGAGUUCAGUUAGUAAGUGACUCAGGACUGAUCACAGAGCACCUAAUAUAUCAAAUAUCAAACAAAAUGAGUGUUUUCUGUCUCAUUUGUUUUUGCCACUUUGCACAAGAUAUGGGGAAAGUUGAGUCGAUCUAUAAAUGUGGUAAAUGGUUACAAAAGUAUUUUUAUGCUAAAGGUUUUCUCUUGUUUUUGUGCAGCCACUUGCAGCUUAACUUUAGUAUGCAAAUACAGACUGCAUGUACAGUUGCACUGAGAUAAAUGAGCUUCACUUUUGUUUUGCGGUAUUUCAGCCGAUGUGCCAGAUGUUUUUACCUGUACAGCUGUAAGGGAUGACAGUAGGUAGAGGUUUUAGCCAGUAUCUGUUUGUUUUUUGUUUUUGUGUCUGUGUUUAGUUUUUUUUUUUCCUUUUAUUUGAAGUUGUAAAAAGAUCUGGCACAUAAAGU